UCCAUGGUUCUGAAAAUGGAUCACAAGACUACUUUCGAGGGGCUUUAUUUCUUAUUUAUCUGUUUCAUUUAUUCCCAGCUCCAUCUGGUGCACUGGAACACCAAAUACCCAAGUUUUGGUGACGCUGCUAGCAAGCCUGAUGGGCUCGCUGUUGUUGGAGUAUUCCUGAAGAUUGGUGCUGCAAAUGCAAGUCUGCAGAAGAUUCUUGACGCCUUUGAUUCCAUCAAGACCAAGGGCAAGCAGACUUCUUUCUGUGGCUUUGACCCCUCUACCUUGCUCCCUGGUAGCCUAGACUACUGGACAUAUGAUGGCUCCCUGACCACACCUCCUCUGCUGGAGAGCGUCACCUGGAUUGUCUGCAAAGAGCCAAUCACUGUCAGCUGUGAGCAGAUGGCCAAAUUCCGCAGCCUGCUCUUCUCCGCUGAGGGUGAGCCCGAGUGCUGCAUGGUGGACAACUACCGCCCUCCCCAGCCUCUCAAGGGUCGCUCUGUCCGUGCUUCCUUCCAGUGAUGCCCCCUCCCCCUCUUUUAUGCCCUUUCUGCCCUGUUGCCCUCUCCCUUCCCCCUCCCUUUAGUCAGUUACCUCUCUUGCAGUGAGCCACAAUGCAAACAUAUCGCUCUCCGUCCAGUUUUUAAAAGAAAUGAAAUUCCUGUGGCGCAUUGUUUUUAAAUGCUGGGCAGUCUGUCAUAAUUUAUUCUUUAAGACACCUCACAAUGGCUGCGACACGUUUACUGGGACUUAGCAUUCAGUGCCAAUGUUUUUAGAGACAUUACACCGGUGUGCGGAGGUCUUCUUUGUGUCAACAAACACAACAAUAAUGAAAACUGAAGAUGAGUUAUGGAGCUCUUGAGUCGGCAGAAAGCACAAGCUUGUCGCAGUAGGUGGAGAGGGGGGGGGGGGGG